GCAAGCAGUGCACCGCGCUGGUGGACAGCGGAACCUCCCUGCUUGCGGUGCCGAAGGGGGUCGUCGAGAAGAUCCAGGACAUCGUCGCGAACAUGGGCGCCGACUGCGAUCUGUCGCGGCUCCCCUCGCUAAUGUUCGAGCUUGGUGGCAAUAUGCUAUCGCUGCCACCGGACGCCUACGUCGCCCAGACGUCAGGGUCCGUGUCCUCGGAGAUGACGAGCCUGGUCAGAAUUCGCGACGUCUCUGGAGGCGGCAACCGCCAGACGGGGGAGACGUGCAAGGUGCUGCUGAUGGAGUCCUACAUGGACUCCAAGCAAGGCCCCCUGUGGAUCUUCGGCAUGCCCUUCUUCAGAAAGUACUACAC